AUGGACAAGUUCCGGAUGAUCUUCCAGUUCCUGCAGUCCAACCAGGAGUCCUUCAUGAACGGCAUCUGCGGCAUCAUGGCGCUGGCCAGCGCCCAGAUGUACUCCGCCUUCGACUUCAACUGCCCCUGCCUGCCGGGCUACAACGCCGCCUACAGUGCUGGCAUCCUGCUGGCACCACCGCUGGUGCUCUUUCUGCUCGGCCUGGUCAUGAACAACAACGUGUCCAUGCUGGCCGAGGAGUGGAAGCGGCCGCCGGGCCGCCGGGCCAAGGACCCCGCCGUGCUGCGCUACAUGUUCUGCUCCAUGGCCCAGCGCGCCCUCAUUGCGCCCGUCGUCUGGGUGGCUGUCACACUGCUCGAUGGCAAGUGCUUCCUUUGUGCCUUCUGCACUGCCGUGCCGGUGACUGUGCUGGGCAACGGCAGCCUGGCGCCCGGCCUGCCUCCGCCCGAGCUCGCCCGCCUGCUUGCCCGGGUGCCCUGCCCCGAGAUCUACGACGGUGACUGGCUGCUGGCCCGCGAGGUGGCCGUGCGCUACCUGCGCUGCAUCUCCCAGGCCCUGGGCUGGUCCUUCGUGCUCCUGACCACACUGCUUGCAUUCAUCGUGCGCUCUGUGCGGCCCUGCUUCACGCAGGCCGCCUUCCUCAAAAGCAAGUACUGGUCCCACUAUAUCGACAUCGAGCGCAAGCUCUUUGAUGAGACGUGCACAGAGCAUGCCAAAGCCUUCGCCAAGGUCUGUAUCCAGCAGUUCUUUGAGGCCAUGAACCAUGACCUGGAGCUGGGUCAUGCCCACGGGGCCCUGGCCACAUCCCCUGCUAGCUCGGCUGCCCCGGCUACCACCAACAGUGCUGAGGAGGAGAAGGAGAAGCUGCGUGGCAUCACCGAUCAAGGCACCAUGAACAAGCUGCUCACGAGCUGGCACAAAUGCAAGCCGCCUCUGCGGCUGGGCCAGGAGGAGCCGCUGAUGGGCAACGGCUGGGCUGCAGGGGGACCUCGGCCUCCACGCAAGGAGGUGGCCACCUACUUCAGCAAAGUGUGA